GCUGAAUCGGUUACAUUUCCCGUGGCUCGUCGCGAUGGCACCAACGCCGACGACUGAUGGUGUGGGGAAAUAUGACAUGAAAAAGAAACCAAAGAGCAUUUCGCACAAGUUGUCGCGUGCGUUUGGUCUCAAGAGUCGAAAGGCUAAAAGCAACAAUGCCGCUCCUACCGAACCCGCGACGUCGACGAUGCCAGCCAACGAAGGCGAGAUCGAACGGUUGUUCAGUGAAGCGGUGGACAACAUGGCGUUGCCGAAAGCGGCCACCGAUCGCAUGCGCACGCUGCCGUUGAGUCAAAAGUGGCAGAUCAUUCAAGACUGGACUGCCAAGCAAAACUCGAAAGGUCGCAGCAGCGAGCACACCCAGCCGCUGUUCUGGGUCCACAAACUGCAAGAUGCCGUGAGUGAAGACGCCACUACGCUGACCCAUGAAGACGCGCGGCAGCUGCAUGUUCUCAUGCGCGGUUGCGACAAGGAGUGGCUCACGGCGUUUCAUAAAGAAGACGGCGUGCUCGCGUUGACGGAAUGGAUGGCUGCGGUGGCGUCGGAGAACCACACACCCCUGCUGCACGAAGCCAUGCGCUGUUUCAAAUGCCUCAUGAACAACCACCAUGGCAUGCAGCUGCUGCUGCAAGAACCGGACGCGAUCGAAGUGCUGGUACUGUGUCUCGACUUCGAAGCGCCAGAAGACCGCCGGGCGAUCACCAUCAUGACCCUCGAGAUGCUGUCGCUCAUGUGUUGGUUCUCUGAAACAGGUCACAGUGCCGUACUCCAAGCCAUGGAAAAGUAUCGCCGGGCCAACCACGAACGCUGUCGGUACUGGAGUGUGGUGGAGUGCCUCAAAGUCGGCGACAGCUUGGAACUGCAAGCUGCGUGCCUGACGUUCAUCAACACCCUCGUGAGUACGUGCGCGGCGCUGGACGACCGCGUGGACGUGCGCAAUGACUUUUUGGCGAUGGACAUGCUUGUGUUGUGUCAUGCGAUUGAAGAGCAAUACGAUGCCCUCGAGCUGGAACAUUCUGCGACGACGUACGGGGCGUGGGGGCAGGGGGAUGCCGAGAAGGCCGCGGCCAAGUCGUUUUCCAAGCAAGUGGAAGUGUUUGAAGGGCUCAUGCAUUCCGACAUGCAGGACACAAUCGUGCACGAUGUGGACUUGGCGAACGUUGACGCCGUGGUGGACAAACUCAAGCAACGCGCCCAUGGGCAUGGGUGGUCCGACCGGUUGCUGCACGCGUUGCUGGCGUUGCUUGUGAUUCCGGGAGAAAUUUCCAUUGGCGAAAAGAUGUGGGAAAUGGCCGAAGAAGCGCUGAUUCAAAUCACGUCAUGUCCGACGUACAAAGAACUCUCCACGAAGCGAGUGACGUUUGCCGCAGUCAAGUCGGCACUCCAACAAGCCGAGGACUCGGCGCACACCAAGGCCCAGAACCUGCGUUUGGAGGCGCAAGUCGCCCAACUGACGGGCAAGUUGGCAAUACUGCAAGCCCAACCGAUGAGCGCGGAGCAAGAGGCCAAGCUGGCCAAGCUAGACGACAGCCACGUCAUGGCUCUAGAACUGCAAGCGGCGCUAUCUAAAAUAUUGGCCUUGGAAACGCAAGUCGCAACGCUGCAGCACGACGCAGUGUCUGGUGGAGGGGCAGUCAAAGCUGUUAUAGACAAGCCUUCAGAGACUUCAAGGAACCCUCGACUGGAGAAAUAUGCCAAGCUGCUCAAGAUGGGAAUGCCGCGCGACCAAGUGGCGAUGAAAAUGCAGGUGGAAGGAAUGGACAUUGCCGAUUUGGACAUCAACGCAGUGGGGGGAAGCAGUGUCGCAUCAGCCCCAGACGUCGUUGCGAUGGACGACCCCAAGUACCAAAAGUUUACAAAACUGCUGAAAAUGGGCAUGCCACUCGAACAAGUACAGCUCAAGGCAAAAGCAGAGGGAGUGGACCCGUCGAAAUUGACUCUUCCAACGAUGCCUGCUUGCGGAAGUGCCAUGUCACCUACCCUCGACCCCAAAUACGACAAGUUGGUCAAGUUGUUGAAAAUGGGCAUGCCGAAAGACCAAGUUAAGCUCAAAGCACAAGCCGAAGGGUUGGACCCUUCCUUCUUGGACAACUCCCCAGUGGUCAAUACCGCCAGUACUCCAGCCAUCCCUCUGUCCGCUCCCUUAAGUGUCGCUGCGAUCGGUGGCAAGUCCACUGCCAAAGCGCCCGUGGCCUCUACACCUCCCGCGCCGGUAGCGUCGAAGCUACCCCCCAAGAAAGCAACAGUCCCCACGACUAAGCUCCGCGGGUUAUACUGGAAUGCACUGCCAGACACGGCGGUGGAAGGGUCGAUCUGGGCCAAAAUGGACGAAAACAAGCUAGGGUUGGACUUGACUGGCGCGCUGGACAAGGACUUCAGCCAAGACGGAACGAGUCAACGAACCGACUCGGCGAUGCCAGUUGCUGCUGUGGUGAACAAGCCCAAACUCGUGCACUUGGUAGACCCCAAACGGCAGCAGAACUGCUCCAUUGCGCUCUCCCGCUUUAGAAUGACCCCGAGCGAGUUGAAGCAGGCGAUUUUGACUUUGGACGAAGCCGUGCUCACGUUGGAACGGGUUCAAAUUCUCGAAUCCUUGGUGCCUACGCCGGAAGAAGUCGAGCUGGUUAAGAGCUACGAAGGCGACGCGACGCUGUUGGGGGAAACGGAAAAGUUCUUCCUCGCUGUCCUCGACAUCCCGCGACUAGCGCAGCGACUCCGCGCUGUCCACACGACGCACAUCCACCUGUCUCGCGAAGAUGACUUUCGAGCCAAGGUCAAGGUCCUGGAGAAGGCAGUGGGGGAGCUCACCACGUCGCAUCACACGGUGGCGGUGCUGGAGGUGGUGCUGGCGGUGGGCAACUACCUCAACGGAGGUACCCCUCGGGGGGGCGUGUGGGGCUUCAAGCUGGACAUCCUGCCAAAACUGGCGCAGGUCAAGUCCACAUCGUCGACGUCCAAGUCGCUUCUGCAUGUGAUCGCGGACCUUGUGGCGGCCAAGGCGCCCCAUGCCAACGGGUUCUACGACGCGCUGCCGUCGAUGGAGGCGGCGGCGGCGAUAUCGUUGACGCAACUGCAAACUGACCUGCGCGGCAUUGAAGCCGCCGUGACAGUCGUGCAACAGGAGUUGACGCUCCAACGCGACCCGUUUCGAGCGAAACUGCAGCCGUUUGUCACAACCGCCCAAGGGGACUGCGCCGCGCUCAAACAAUCGCUAGGUCGGCUAGACGGGCAAUUUCAACGAGCGAUUCGGUCGUUUGGAGUGGAGAAGCCAUCGUCGGACGGGGACAUGGCGCAGUGGUUUUUUGGCCUAUGGGCCGACUUUUGCAAGGCGUACAAGCAAGCGGUGGCCGACAACGACCAGCGGCGCAAAGAUGCGUUGAAAGCGGAUGCGAUCAAGCAGCAACAUCGACGGUCGGCCGAGCCGGAAGAUGGAGACUUGUUCAACCAGUUCUCCGAGUCGCUGGAAGGGGAUGCGAGGGAAAUUGUGGCCAAAUUCCGCAAGAGACACCAAGGGGGAGUGGGGAAGCAGCCGCAGGUACCAGCCAAGUCGGCGGUGCUGCAGAGCGAGUUGUCGUUGAAGCUGGCCCGCCGUCGGGAGAGUUCGAACCUUCGCCACAAGAAAUGAGUGGCAAACUUUUAUGGUUAAAACUGCUACGGCAUACUGCCUACGGUACACGGAGCUGUCGGAUAGAUAAGAACUUUAAUUCAGUGAGUAUUGCAUCAUGAACUGGGCGAAUUGGUUGCGGCUGCCUAGCACGAGAUGGCCGAGGUUGAGUGCCACGAUGUCUGCGUAAUGCGCGCCUCCCAUGAUGAACUUGAGAACUGCAAACAUGUCUACACACAUGGCUUGGACUGCGCGGAGGCUGUAUGCAGCGGCCUUGGCAUCGUCCACGUCCAUGACUGCGUUCUCAAUGGCAACGAGCUUCCUCUGGAGGGUGAUGACGUCGAUGGUGGUGCAUCGUCGGCAUCGCUGGUCGUGGCAUAUGUCGGCCACCACAUCGAGCAGCAAGUACAAGUCCUCAGUCAUGGUCAAGACGGUCGCUAGCAUUUCUUCGUAUUCGUAGUCUGUAAAGGACCGCGUGCGCUUGAUAGGCGGGGGAGAAGCCGCUGUGUUGGCGUCGGGGAGCCGGCGCUUCUCACGCAUGAUCGCAGGUGCGUGCUGGAGUGUGUUCGAACUCGUAGAUAGCUGCACUGGUCCUGAGACGACGAGCAUCCUGCCUGUAUGUAUUGUCUGUGGAAUCAAAGAAUGCAAUCACCGUCAGAG